AUGACCAUUGUACAGACUACUAUCUUGGCACUUGCUGGGUCGCAGGGAUGGUCUCUCCGGCAGAUGGACGUGAAGAAUGCAUUUCUACAUGGGGAUUUGAAAGAAGAAAUCUAUAUGUCUCCACCUCCCGGCAUGUUUACUACACCUUCCUCAAAGGUUUGUCGGCUACGCCAAUCUUUGUAUGGAUUGAAACAGACUCCGCGUGCAUGGUUUGAUAAAUUUUGCUCUACUUUACUUGCUUUUCGCUUUACUCAAAGUCAGUUUGAUUCCUCUCUGUUUCUUCUUAAGACUUCUGUAGAAAUUGUACUGCUUCUGGUAUAUGUUGAUGACAUUGUGAUUACUGGCUCUAAUACUGAGUUAAUUAAGCAAUUACAACAGAAUCUCAAGGCCUUUUUUCACAUGAAAGAUCUUGGUCCCCUGCAGUACUUUCUUGGCCUUGAAGUGCAAAUUACUCCGACUGGUACAUUGUUACACCAGCAUAAAUACACACAAGAACUGAUUUCAUUGGCUAGUCUCCAAUCGGGUAACUCUGUUCUUACUCCCUUGGAGGUAAAUCUUAAGCUUCGUCAGGAGGAAGGCGAACUUCUCUCAGAUCCAUCCUUGUAUCAACAGCUCGUUGGGAGUUUGAACUACUUGACGAUUACUUGUCAUGACAUUUUUUUUUCUGUGCAGCAUGUCAGUCAAUUUAUGCAGGCCCCCCAACAUCUUCACUUAGCCGUUGUCCGCCGCAUUAUCCGAUAUCUGAAGGGCACCUCUACACGCGGGUUAUUCUUUUCUAAGGAAUCUUCCUUACAGUUGGUGGGGUAUAGUGAUGCUAAUUGGGCCAGAUGUGCGGAUACUCGUCGCUCUGUUACUGGCUGGUGCAUGUUUUUAGGCAAUGCACUCAUUUCUUGGAAGAGUAAGAAGCAAGACAGAGUUUCCAAGUCCUCCACUGAGUCUGAGUAUCGUGCUAUGUCUUCCGCAUGCUCUGAGAUCACAUGGCUUCGUGGGUUAUUGGGUGAACUUGAUUUUCCUCAGCUUCAGUCCACUCCUCUUCAUGCUGAUAAUACCAGUGCUAUUUCAGAUCGCCACUAA